AUGGGAAUCAAUGGGUUCUGGGAGGUCAUCAAAGACACUGGCGUCGACACUUCCUUAGCACGAUGGGCUGCGGAACAUAUUAAGGAGCAUAGGCGGCCACUGCGGAUAGCCAUAGACGAAGCGCACUGGCGUUACAAAGCCAUCACUGUUGAAGCCUUCGAGGAGAUCAAAAGAAGAACUCCUCCCGCCAGACCACGCGAGUUGAACAUGCUCGACCGCAUUUGGUCCCUGAUGCACAUCGGUAUCGAGAUCAUCUUUGUCUUCGAUGGUGAAGGACGGCCAGAUGUCAAGCGCGACAAGAAGACCGAGGAUUCUACAGAACGCAAGGCCAGGGAAGAGAACAGCGGUUUUUUCAAGGAAACCUUGACGAAACUUCACAUACCCUGGCGCCAGGCUCCUGGCGAAGCCGAGGCUGAAUGCGCUGCCCUGCAGAGGCUAGGCCUAGUGGAUGCGGUUUGGUCAGAGGACUCUGACACGCUUAUGUUUGGGUGCACCGUCCUCGUCAAAAAUCUCCUCAAAAGCAAUGGACAAAAGAGCAAAGACGAAGCAAAAGUGUAUCGGCUGAGAGAUAUCGAACAGAAGACGCGUAUUACAGCGAAUGGCAUCGUUUUGUAUGCCAUGGUGGCGGGGUGCGACUACACCAAAGGCCUGCACGGUUGUGGUACGGCUGUUGGCCAAGAGUUGGCUAAAAAGAAGAUACUUGUGGAAGAAUUUUCAAAAACAUUGGCAAAUGCGGGCGAAAGAAGCUGGAAUUUGUGGCGAAGGCGACUAGAGGCCCAACUGAGCAAUCUCAGCUCCAAGUUGAGACCUCACUUCGACAAAGACAAAGCGAACAUCAGCCAGUUUCCGAACUUUCAAGCGUUGGGAUAUUGA